CGCGAUGAUCCUCAUUCCUGCGCAACAGCGAUGAACCCCUUUGUACAACGGUCCCCAUUAGCAGCUUGGCAUCCGGUUGGCCUGGCCUCCGCGUUCCCAGACCUUAGUCUGGACAAUGACUGCCCCCGCAUCGCGCCAAGCUGUAAAGCUUUCAGCAUUCCCAGCACAAGCACCGGGGCUCCAGUCGAAGCAGAUAUUGACCUACCAGGAAAUUUGAAGGACCAGGUGCUUGUGUUUAAAUACAAGGGGAAAAUCCAUGCCAUUGACCAUCAAUGCCCUCACUCGUCGUUCCCCCUUUCCCAGGGCAGCCUCUUCGACAUUGAAGACUUCGGUGUCGUCCUUAGCGCCGGACUCACUUGCCCUAAGCAUGGCUGGUCCUUCGAUAUUUUCUCCGGACAGGCAGACCGUGGCAAUUACAAGCUCAAGGUUUGGGAGGUACAGCUGCGCGACCCCCCGGUGUCAACCGAGGACGGUUCCGAGAGCACCGACAAGGAGGUGUGGGUGAGGCGGAAGCAGCGAAUUGGAUAAGGAAGCGGCUUUAUUGUUGGAGGAAAUCUUGUCAGCUGCGUAUAAGCAAGUCGACCAAGCCGGAUCGACCCCGCAGGUCCCGCACUGCCGAUUGACAUCCGCAUCUCCAACUUGCCGAGAAAACGGUGGCAUGGUGCUCCUCGUGAUGGAUCACUGUACCCUACAAUCCCUUGAACAUGGGAGGCCGUGAUAUGGGACCAUCGCGGGAAAGAUAGCGAGACGCUCGCCCCUUUAGUAGAGGUCAGGUUGGGGCAGUCGAGUGCAAACGUGCGUCUUGACUCUUCCCGCCUGCUUCGCUCUAGGCAUGCCCAUCGCCGCCGUAUUAAUGGCAUGCAGCCUCAUGCAGUAGUGGUCGUAGUUGUCCGACCACAGAACCAGGUCUUCGAAGCGGAUGGGCAUGCUCACUGUAAAUUCUCUCUGUCUUCUUGCUUCACUAGAGUUUAUCGUACAUAUAUCAGAUAGAGCAAUAUUAAUAUAG